GAGAGAGAGAGAGAACCCCCACGAGAGCCCUGAGUAGUUUUCAAAAUAAUCCCGUGGCGAGAGACAGCUCGGAUAUUAAAGCUGUAGAUCUAUCCUCUGGUCCACGCGUCGCGGGUGUUAGGGGGUGUGUGUUUGUCCUGGCUGGAUGUCCGGUGAAACUCAUCCUUUUGAUGGCUCCGGGAAUUUGGACACGCCACGGGAGGCAACAUUUGGAUAAACUCGCGCACGGAAAUCUGCUCACGGUAAAAGUUCUUAACGGGUUGUGUUUGGAGGAAUAACUGCCGUCGAGUCUUCACGGCGACCAGACAAGUUAUGUGAAGUGAGAUGAUGGCAUGGCCUCUUUUCCAUGGAGAUCUGAGGGAUGGCCGCUUUUCAUCAUCACCACCACCACCACCACCACCACCAUCACCCACUUCAUCAACAGCACCCGAGCGCGGACCUGCGUAGGGUCCUGCACCGGCUCCUGAUCAUGUCAUCCAUGGGCAUCCUCUGCUUCUCCCUCAUCUACCUGCUGACCGGCUGCUGCGAGUCGGAGUUGACCGAGAGUCCCGCAGUCAGGUCCCCCGCGUCCGACGACCACCUCGGGUCCGGCUGGCUCCAGGUGCGGAACGGAACGGUGUACACCCGGAACCUCGCCGCGGAGAUCAAGACUGAUACGAUCGUCGGUCUGGCCGAACCGAGUGCCGCUGGUUCCGCCGGACCCCCGGAGACCAACUUGACCAAGGACUGGACCGCCACGCGCCGGCUGCCCCAGGCGAUGAUCAUUGGGGUGAAGAAGGGAGGCACCAGGGCGCUGCUGGAGUUCCUCCGCCUGCACCCUGACAUCCGCGCCCUGGGGUCGGAGCCCCACUUCUUCGACAGGCAUUACGCACGGGGCUUGGACUGGUACAGGAGCAUGAUGCCCAAGGCCCUGGAGGGACAGAUCGUCAUGGAGAAGACGCCUCGCUACUUCGUCAGCGCCGAGGCACCGGAGCGGGUGCACGCCAUGUCCCGGGGCGUGAAGCUGAUCGUGGUGGUCCGCGACCCCGUGACCCGGGCCAUAUCCGACUACACCCAGAUCAUCUCCAAGACCCCCAACAUCCCCCCCUUCGAAGGCCUCGUCUUCAAGAACCGCACCACAGGUCAGAUCGACUCCCAGUGGAGCCCGCUGUGGAUCGGCCUGUACGCACAGCACCUGGAGCGCUGGCUGGCCUGGUUCCCCCGGCACCAGAUCCACCUGGUCAGCGGGGAGACGCUGAUCUCCGACCCGGCCGGCGAGCUGGCCCGGGUGCAGGACUUCCUGGGCCUCCAGCGCAUCGUGACCGACAAGCACUUCUACUUCAACAAGACCAAGGGCUUCCCCUGCCUGAAGAAGCCCGAGGGCAGCAGCAAGCCCCACUGUCUGGGCAAGACCAAGGGCCGCACGCACGCCUCCAUCCGCCCCGCCGUGGUCCGCCGGCUCCGGGACUUCUACCGGCCGCACAACCAGCGCUUCUACCGCAUGGUGGGCCAGGACUUUGGCUGGCAGUGAGCCGGCUCCUCCUGUGAGGGGAUGGUCUCAUUGGUAAAGGGUUGGAUGGCCUCAGGACAGAAAUGAUGCCGGUGGGGGCACCGUGGACUGAACAGCCCCAACAGUACCCCCUGUGGAGGAUGGAAGCCAACUGGACUUGAGGGGGAGAGGGGGUGGACGUUUUGGGGUUCAACCCCAUCCUAUAAGAGUUGGUCAGAUCCUCCCAGUGUAGUGUUUUAUUCUUUCUCCCCCCCCCUCCCGCCCUCUAUCAAUCAAUCAUGAGGUUUGAGACAUGCGUCUAAGGAGGGGUCAAGGUUGUGUGUGUCUGAGGGGUUCAGAAUGUGUGUUUCUGAGGAGGGGUCCAGAGUGUAUCCGAGAAGGGGUUCAGCCAUAGAACAGACAUUGCUCUGACAUUCCAUCCUGCCACUGCCGCAGGAGGAUGUAAUGAUGUGUUUAUAUCUGCACUUAUACUGUGAUACUGUGUAGAAUAGCUCGGGGGUCAGGGAAAACGAUGGGACUACAAGUUGGACUGCAAGUGAAACGAAAAGUAUGAUUCGACAUGACAGGAUAGUGUGUGAAUGGAAAAGAAUGACAGAGCUGCAGCUUUAACAUCCACUACAACCUUUGUAACAUCAUCGUCUUUGUGUCUGCACUAAACAGCUCUGCGGUCGUAGAAGGCCGAGCCAAGGUAUGGAUCCUAGAAAGUGAUUAACAGGAAAUGAAAACUGAUCACAUCACUUUUCAGCCCUGCCGUUAUACCUGUAACAGUCUCCGAGGUUAUGGUUAAACACACCAAUAGGCAAUCAAUGCGCAGAUUGAGUAUCAACCAUCACUGCUGUGAUUCCUGGAAAAUGCUGGACCACCACUGGCAAGACGGCAGGGCGAUGGGAGGAUGAAUGUUUAAUGCCGGGGGGCAGCGGAGAGGCUGAGGGCACGCGGAACACAUCUUUGGAGGAGCUCGACGGUAUGUGACGGAGUGGUUUUGUAUUUCGUGAAAAAUAGAUGUGGGUCGGAGUUCUGCAAAAGAUGACCAGCGUGGAUCGCUUGUCCCCCGAGAAACGCCGUUUACGAGGUCCCCCCCCCCCCCCCACCCCGACCAGCUCGUUGUGCAGGUGAAAUGUUUCUCUGAGUCUACCUAGUAGCCUAUGGAUCCUCAUGGUAUCUGUGUUCAGGAAACUGACUGACUGCUGUUUGGGUUUGCAUGUAUUUGCACUAGUUUGAAAGCAUAAAAGAAAACAUUAAAAUACUAUUUUCUA